CUUCCCCUUCUAACCCCUACCCCCUCCUCCAACCCCUCCAACCCAGACCCACCAACCCAACCCCCAACCUGCUUCUCCAGCACACUCCUUUAAACACCCCUUAAUUUCUGUUCACUCUCAAGCUGUCCCUAAGAGACCUGGCUUCUAGAGGGUUUUAGAAGGAUUUAGAUAUUAAUUAGAAAGGACUUUAGGGGAAGAAGAGAGCUUGGAGAAGGUAAGGAAGAUGUGAGGUUGGAGAAGAGGUGAGAAGGGAGGGGAUGGAAGGGAGGGGAUGGAAGGGAUGGAGGAAGGAGGGUGGGGUGGUGAGGGAAAUUUGGAGGGGUUGGAGAGGUGGUUGAGGGGUGGUGGAAGAGUUAUGUUAGAGAAAAUGUGUUUGAUGUUAAUAUUUUACAUUCUAUAAUUUUUUAAUCUAAACUUUAAAUUAUUUUUACUCAUAAUCUCACCCCUUUUCUUUAAUUUCCUACCUUUUUCUUCUCUCUACUCUUUGCAUGAACUCCACCUUCAGUUUCACUUUUGUAAAAAGUGGAGAAAGGAAAUGAUUCCCAAACCUUUUAAAUUGAAACUAUAAAAACUCACAAGAUCUAAACUUAUCACAAGAAAAUGUCGAUAUUAUUCAAUCAAGAGAUUUGACCUGGAAGAAGCCUCAUAAGGAAGAUACUGGGCUAGAACUGAAAGCAGAUGUAAAGAAGCACGAUCUUCAUUGUCUACACCCUGAUAAUAAUACAAAUAAAAAUACAGAUAGGUUAGGAUAUCACAAAGAUAGCAACCUCACAGCCUGAUUCUCUGAUAUUUUCUUACACAAGAGAAUGAGUACUGAAGAGAAUAAAGAAGCAGACAAAGAUACUGAAAAUUUGAGAAUUCACACUCUUUAGCUUACUAAACCACUUAUGAAAGGACGCCAAUUAGAUAGAGAGAAUACUCCCAUAAGAGGGAAAGAUAGCAGAGAUCUAAGAGAAAACUUACCAAGAUCAAUAUUAGCAUGCUGAAAAGGAAUAAGAUCAAAAAUGGUUGGGAGGAUGACUCCCAGCUAUCUUCAGUUACAUGCUCUAUUGACCUAGUGGAAGCUUUCACUAGUACAAAUAAUAUCAGGAAUGAAAGAAUAAAACCUCAAUUAAAGAAGUUACAGAUAAAUAUUAAAGUUGUCAGUGUCCAAUCAACUAAAAGAGAAAGAAAAACAGUCGAAAUAAAACUAUUAAGAAAAUUCGAGAUAUCUCAUAUAAAGGGCGCAAGAGGUAAAAUACUCCAUUUCCAUUUUCAAAAUUAAGAGCAUCUCCAGAGAAGCGAUUUUUCAGAAUUUCUGACGUUGAAAGGGAGAUCUGAUCUAAAAUGAUGCCCAUUCGGCAAAAUAUUACCUCAAAAAGUGAUUAACACUUGGAAGGAAUGAAUAGAAAGUAUAAACAUCCGAAAGGAGAAUCAAGAGUCUCUUAAGCGAUACUUCUCAAGGAAUGAAUAAAAUAGAGGCACUAAUUUCAGCAGAUACUCUUAAUAUAUACCCAAGUAUUUUUGCUUCUGACAU